AUGAACAGAGCUGGUUAUUGCUGGCGUUGCGAAGCACCCUGUACACAACAUUGUUCACGAUGUGGGAUGGCGUAUUACUGCUCCAAGAGAUGUCAGCAACAAGACAAGUGGCGACAUAAACCCGACUGCGAUGGAGCAGCGUUGAAAAUGCAGUGCUCCGGCUGCAACGCUAAACAGGAGGGAAUGUUGAAGUGCACCAACUGUUUGAACUCCUACUAUUGCAACGCAGAAUGUCAGAGAAGUGACUGGGAGAGACACAAGACUUUCUGUCAGGAGGCUGUUGACAAAACGUUGGUAUUAGCUGGAGAUAUGAAGGAAUUACUUGAGAUCAAAAAGGAUAACCCCGGCCUUCGAUUUACUUAUUAUUGGGGGAAUAUGCCUGCUGUUGACCUGCUCAACUUGUCAAUGAAUGAAGGGGAAGAGUAUUCCAAUCCACUGGCAUUGUUGCUUUGCGGAGUCGGUAAUCCAAGGAAUGUUUUACUUACGAUUGCUUCGCUGCCUGAUGUUUACACUCAACAUGUGAGUUUCGUUUUGAAUGACAUCUGUCCUUGUACAUUGGCAAGAACAGUUCUGCUUCUAUACAUAUUAUACAAAGGUAUUUUGGAUUGUUCGUUGUCUAUUUUUUAACAGAUCUACUUGUAUGCGUACUUGUCUGACAGUGUCCCUUAGCGCCAUUAAACAAUGUUAUUUUCAAAUUAUGAGAUUGACAUGACAGUCAUUGACAUUCUUGACAGCCAGUUGAACUGCCUCUAUCUAACCUCCACUUCCUUCUGAUACAUUCUCCUCACUUCAUAUCAAUAUCCGUGGUCUACCAAAACACUUUGAUGACUUAUCAGAAUUUCCUCUUACAUUAAACAGGUCUUUCUCCGUUAUUGCUGUUUCUGAAACGUGGUUACAUAGGUCUAAUUCUAAUUUAUUCCAUUUUCCAGGCUAUCAUUUUAUCUUUAGUCACAGAUAACAUAAGGCGGGUGGCGGGGUUGAUCUUUAUAUUCAGUCUCACCUAAAAUUUAAGCUUAGAACUAAUCUCCAAUCUUCUAAAAAUACACUGUAAGAAUCAGUCCUUGUGGAAAUACAACCGCAUAGGAAGAAUAUCAUUGUUGGCUAAUUUAAUCGACCCCCUAAUGCCUCGGUUGCUGAUUUUAAAAAAUCUCUCGAUGGCAUCUUAUCAACUAUCAGCUUUGAGAAUAAGCUAUCUUAUCUCAUGAGUGAUUUUAAUAUCAAUAUCCUUAACUCGUAAUCCCACCACUCUUCUAAUGAGUUCAUCAAUCUUAUGAUUUUUAAUAGUCUAUAUCUUUUGAUUUCUAAGCCAACUCGCAUAACCUCCUCAACUGCAACUCUGGUUGAUAAAAUUUUCACAAACAAUCUUGAACACAGCAUGAACAGUGGCAUUCUCUACACUGAUUUAUCUAAUCAUCUCCCAAUUUUUCAAGUCACUCAUCUAAAAUUAGAUGCUGAAUCAUUUCGCCAAAAGAGAUUGGCACGCCUCAUUAACUCUGCAACAAUUGCAGCAUUCAGGUCUAGGUUGGAAACCACUGAAUGGUCCCUAAUCUAUAACUCUGACUCUACCAUUGAUUCCUACGAUACACUCUCUAGUCUUCUUAUUUCAGGAUAUCAUAAGUCAUUUCCACUUAAACUUGUAUACCCUGAAUCGCGCGUUCUUCAAAACCCUGGUUUUCAAAAGGUCUCUGUAUCCUGUAACAGGAAGAAUUCUCUUUAUUAAACAAUUCCAAAUAAACCCUACAUCAAUUAUUGUAGUUUAAUAUGGGCAUCUACAUAUGCUUAUUACGUAGAACCACUUUAUAUACUUCAAAAGAAAGUCAUUCGUAUAAUUACGUUUGCUCCUUCGCGCACACCCCCUAAGGCCCUUUUUUCUAAGCAUAAUAUCCUUCCACUCCACUCUUACUAUCUAUAAAUUCCAUGUUGCUUGUUUUGUAUUUUCACAUUUUAAUAGCAUUUUACCUACUCCUGUUUCCUCGAUCCUACAUUUUAAUUCUGAAUAUCACGAUUAUAUGACUGUUCACGUUUUAAUCUGCAUAAAAUCUGUCAUAAGUAUCAAUUUGCCAUCACUUGGCAAGCUCCGAUUAUUUGGAAUGAUAUUCCGUUAACUGUGCGCAAUAGCCUUACAAUAAGUAACUUUAAAAAAAAAGUUAAGACUGCAUUUUUUGAGUACUUGAAUUAGCCUAUGCAUAAAUUGUUGAAGGGCCAUAGAAUUUAUAUUUAAGUUUAUAGUUUUAUCUAACCUCUUGUCACCAAUGUUGUAUACCUUGUGGGACUAUACUAGGUGUAUUUGUUUGUAUGGUUUAUAGGAAUUUAUUAAAAACUGAAUCAUUGGAUAAUGCAAUUCUAGCAUUUUGAUUGGCUUAGCCGUUAUGGUAUAUGAGCUAUUAUACCAUGCUCUCCAUAUGUGGUCGGUGUACGCGUCGGUUUAAAAUUGGAAGCUAGCUGAGAAUUUUUUUCGCAAAGGAUAGAACGGCGCCCGAAGCAAAUCGUUUUAAUUCAUUUCUUAGAAUACUAGAAAUGCAGUUUCGUCGAAAGAAAAAAGACAAAAACAGACAAAAAAGCCACAAGAGCUUGUUUGAAAGUUUCUCGAAAAACAUAUGAAAAUACAUGGAAAUAAAGUACCAUGACCAGCUACGAAAGAAGAAAAGUGUUGUUUCUCCAUGGUCGCGAAGCCAUUCGCCGAUCGAGUCACUCGCCGAUAGAUAACUGCGGCUUGUUUAUCCGACAUCAAGAAUAUAAAUCACAAGUAACCAGCUACAAAUACAGGCUAUGCAGCCAUUCACUAGAGCAAUCGAGGCGGCAGUAUAGCUUCUUUUCUCGUUCAGCAAAACCAGCUUGUGGCUUCAAACAACUUCAUAACAAGCGACCGAGGUAAAAAUUUUUCUCCGUUGUUCUUACUUUUAUAACUGCACCGAAAAUUCAAAUUCACAGUAAUUUCGACGGCUGUCUCUUAAAAAUUCUUUUCUUUCACAUUAUCUGCCAGGUGUUUUUAGCUGUUCUGCUGUGUAAAAUCCUAGAAUUCCGAUGAGUUUUUAAAAAACUAAUGUUCAUCGCUGCAAUGUUUUGAUUUUUCAUCACAACUUUCAGGGGGAAAUGAGGUCGCUUCUGCAGUGGUCCGUAUUUGGUAUUCUGUCCUCAUUUCUGAACAAGAUUUCACUCUAUUGAUGUCAGCCCUUCAAGAUCUCGUGGCCACAGCCGAACUCAGCACCAUCACUGAUGGCAAGAUGGAGAUUUCUGCUUCCCAGCUCAGCCAGCUUAGGACAGUUUGGGCCACCUGGCUUCGUUUGUCCGAACGCAAGGGACCUUGGGUAGCCAAACUAAGGACGAAAACGAACUCGCUGGAUUCAGGGAGAAACAAUGGCAUACGAAAUUAUAUGCAUGCCAUCCCCAAAGAACACAGGGUUUCCACACAACACUUUUUUGACACAGGAAUCUUUCAUUCCACUACAAAUGCUAAGGAAGUAACGCGACAAAAUCCUACGUUAACUGGUAGAGCAAUGCUUCAACGCUCAUCCCUCACGGAGUUUCAGUACAAUAUUCCAUCAGAUGUGCUUCCACUCACGGGAUGGGAUUACAAGGCAAUCAAGAAGGUCUGCUACGAUAAAUCACUGCCUAAUAUGUACACCCUCUACAUCUCAAAUAUCCUGCAAAAAUCCUUUAGCAAAAUGACCAGUGAUCGGGUGAAGUUUCAUUUUAUUCUCUGUGACUUUCUAAAGAUCGAAUCUUUCCUUCCUGGAGGACUCAGAUACGACCGCAUUACUACUUCAAACUUAUGGGACUACUGCCUCCUUGGAGAUUUGCUGACCAAAUUCAAGAGGUUUCUAAACAGUACCAAUCCUCACACGGUCAUGUUGACAGAAACGCACAACUGGUCGCUAAACUAUAUGCAUGAAAUCAUUCACAUUUUGCCAUACUUGAAGGGAAUAGAUAAACUGAAUGAGAAAGCUUUUGAAGACACACAGAAUAUGGAACUGGUGAAUUUAUCGGGACUUACCUCUGUUGUGGAAUAUCUUAACUUGACAGAAGAAUUUCUUCGUUUUGUACGCGCAUCUCUUCUAGCAACAUAUACAGAUGAGCAGUUUGCUUUCUUUAAAAGAAAAAUGAAGAUUCCAUCUCUUAAGUAUCUGGUUCGUUCACUGGGGCUUCAUCUUCGAGACUUUGUACGAAACGAAAACACUGUUGCUCCACAUAGAUGGGCGCUUAAUUGUCGUCGAGUUGUCAUGAUGAGAGGUCAUGAAAGAGUUCUGGAGUGGAAACUUGUUUCUGAUUCUGUUACUCAGAGCACAGCAGAAUGA